GGGGUCCGAGCUUGGAGCUCCUCCAUGCGCGUAGUGUCUGCGGGACUUCCGAGAAGAGCGGCAAAAUCAGCCUUUUAGUUUUGUGGAGGGUUUUCCCUCUGCUAACAGGUUUGGGAGAAGGAGAAUCAAGGCUCUGGACUCGGACUUAGCUGCCGCGGGCCCAGCGGAGAGGACGCAGCUAACAGGAGCUUGACCCGGGCCCCGCGGAGGAGGAUCUGCGGCUUGGGGGGGGACAGGGGAUUAGCAGAAAGCAGCCCGGCCAUGGGCGUGGUGAAGUGGAUUCCCGCUUCCAUGCCUGACUGCUCCGGGACUCAGAGGCGCCCCGAAAAUCUAAGCCGACCCAGCCCUGGCCCCAGGGACGCCGCAGGAGGGCGGAGGUGCGGGGAGGGCCCGGCCACCACCCGCCGGAACGCCAGCCCAGCCGCGGCGGAAGGGCGGCCGGAGGUCGAAGGCGGGCUCCGCGGGUCGCACACGCGGAGGGAGACGGCGCGCUUCGCUGUCGCCGGCGGCGGCCGGGUGGCGCGUCCCCAAGGAGGUCCAGCGAGGGCAGAGCAUCCCCGAGAGGGGAGAAGCCGAGAGGCCUCCGCAGAGAAACACCCGCAGGACUCUGAGGGGCCGGCGUCCCCGGGCCGCGCCGUCUAGCAGGCAAGCGGGCGCCGCCCAGCAGGCAAGCGGGCCCCGCCGUGUCCACUCGGAAAUCUCAGGCCGACGCUCCGCUAUCCCCCCAACCUCGGUCCUGGGCAGCUUGCCCAGGGUCCAUCCGGAAACAGCCGAGCGGAUCCGGAAACAGCCGACAGGACCCGGAAGCGGUGAGCGCCGUCACCAGGGAGUGCGGGAAUCCGCCGUUUGCACUGAAGUGAUGGCUGCAGCUGCGCCAGCGGCCGCGGGCGAGGACGGAGGGCUGCGGCGACCGGGAGCCGCUCUGGACCGCCGCCCCCAGGAGGAGACAAAGGUGGAGGCCGAGUCAGGUGAGCUGGGGCGGCUGCGGGCUGAGCUGGCAGGCGCCCUGGCAGAAAUGGAGACCAUGAAGGCAGUGGCGGAGGUGAGCGAGAGCACGAAGGCGGAGGCUGUGGCUGCGGUGCAGCGACAGUGCCAAGAGGAGGUGGCCUCACUGCAGGCCAUCCUGAAAGACUCCAUCAGCAGCUAUGAAGCCCAGCUCGCAGCCCUAAAGCAAGAGCGGCAGCAGCAGCAGCAGGACUGUGAGGAGAAGGAGCGGGAGCUGAGCCGCCUGCAGCAGCUGCUGGCGCGGGCCCACCCCCUGGACUCCCUGGAGAAGGAAAUGGAGAAGGCACACGAGGACUCAGAGAAGCUGCGGGAGAUCGUGCUGCCCAUGGAGCAGGAAAUCGCGGAGCUCAAGGCGAAGCUGCUGAAGGCGGAGGAGCUGAUCCAAGAGAUACAGGGUCGACCUCCACCUCCCGCUUCCCUGCACGGCUCCACGGAGCUGCUGCUGCUGUCCCGAAACCCGUCUCCCCCACUGGAGCCCCUGGAGGAGCCGAGCGGGGGCCCGGCAGCCGAGGCCUUUGCCCACAACUGUGACGACAGCGCCUCCAUCUCCUCCUUCUCCCUUGGUGGUGCCAGCAGCAGCGCGUCCCUGCCCCGCGGCCGCCGGGGCCUGAGCCCUGAGCAGGAAGAGACAGCCUCUCUGGUGUCCACUGGGACCCUGGUCCCCGAGGGCAUCUACCUGCCCCCUCCCGGUUACCAGCUUGUCCCGGACACCCAGUGGGAGCAGCUACAGGUGGAGGGCCGGCAGCUGCAGAAGGACCUGGAAAGCGUCAGCCGUGAGCGGGAUGAGCUGCAAGAGGGGCUGAGACGCAGCAAUGAAGACUGCACCAAGCAGAUGCAAGUGCUGCUGGCCCAGGUCCAGAACUCGGAGCAGCUGCUGCGGACCCUGCAGGGCACCGUGAGCCAGGCGCAGGAGCGGGUGCAGCUACAGAUGGCAGAGCUGGCCACCUCCCACAAGUGCCUGCGCCAUGAGGUGAAGCGGCUGAAUGAGGAGAACCAAGGGCUCCGGGCCGAGCAGCUGCCCCCCGCAGCUGCCCAGGGCCAGGAGCAGCUCGAAGGCGAGGAGGAGCAGCUGCCUGGCUCCGUGCAGGAGCUGCAGCAGCUGUUGCACCGAACGCGUCAGGAGGCGCAUGCCCGCCGGCAGGCCCAGGAGCACGGGGCUGAGCGCCUGCGAAUCGAGAUUGUGACGCUGCGCGAGGCACUGGAGGAGGAGACGGCGGCCAGGGCCAGCCUGGAGGGACAGCUGCGGGUGCAGCGGGAGGAGACAGAGGUGUUGGAAGCCUCCCUGUGCAGCCUGAGGACGGAGAUGGAGCGGAUCCAGCAGGAACAGAGCAAGGCCCAGCUCACAGACCUCCUCGCUGAACAGAGGGCCAAGGUGCUGCGGCUGCAGGCUGAGCUGGAGACCAGUGAGCAAGUGCAGAGGGAUUUUGUGCGGCUGUCCCAAGCCCUGCAGGUACGGUGGGCCCCUCCCACGGCACAGGACGCUUGUGCAGGGAUGGUCCCCUGGUUAGGGGGGUCCUUUCCUUCUAUAGUUUGCAUGGUGCUUCCCACAGAGGUAUAGCUCCGGAAACGUGAAAGCUGUGCAUGCGUCUUGGACAGUCCCGUAGCAGCCUUAGCACAGGCCCAAGGUGGCCAGCUGUACCAACUGCCCCGAAUGUGUGCUUGGCACCCACUGCUGCCCUGGACCCUGGGUGGUGUGGUGGGAGGGAGGUGGCUCUGGGGCCUGCCCUCAGGGGCCACCUGCUGGGGUAGGGCCACCUUUAUGCACCAGAGGCCCUCUGCAUCCCUCUCGGACCCCACAGGUGCGCCUGGAGCGGGUCCGCCAGGCAGAGACCCUGGAGCAGGUGCGCAGUAUCAUGGAUGAGGCGCCCCUGAGGGACGUCAGGGACAUCA